AUGGACACUCCCGAUGAUGCUCCUUUUCAGCCAAGUGAACCUGACCUCCCCGACCAAGCAAGUGCUGCAGAACAACAAGCCGGCCCAAACAACCAUGGGUCCAAUACAGCGCAGUCAAAAGAGCUUGUUGAUUUCGUCAUUGGUUUCCUUUCUACUGCUAGCAAUGAAGUUCUGCUCGUCGUCUUUGCUGGCUUGGUAGGCGUAACAUAUAUUCUUCUGGGAAGACUUGGCCUACUCCUUAUUGGGGUAGCCAGUGGCAUUGUCCUACAUGCGUCAUGGGAGGGGGCGAGUACUCAUUCCUCUGGGCAUGAAUUGAAUUGCCGACUUCCUAGGAGAAGAGAAACGGGCUUGGAUAUAGCUCAUAGGUUGCUUGAUUGGCCGGAACGCAAUACCUCAGGAAUUGGAUUAAGCCACGAUAACAUCCAGAAGGUUUUACAUGACGUGGCUCAAAUAGAACCAGACUACACUUCUUUUCGUCCAGGGACAGCUGCCGCGUUGGAAUCAUUGACCGACGCGGUGAUCAGGGACUAUGUCAAUUGUUGGUAUGAACCGAUCUUGCCGUUCGAGAGGUCGUUUCCUCUCUCCUGCCGGAGGACAUUGAUCAGCUUUAUCACCUCUGUGUCAACACACCUCUCACGUAAACGGGCAGCAGACACUUUCUUGGAAUUCCUCACAAAUUCAUCCUCCAUAUUAAUCGUAUUCUUGAAUGAACUGUCUACAGCUUUUGAGACCAUUGGACCCACUAUGACGCCCGAGCAAACUAUCCAGCGUUACCUAGAAUUGUCGCCGGAGAGCAGUUUAGCAAAUGUCUUAGCAGGCCAACAACAGCAUAAGAAACUCAAUUUGAUAGCGGACGAUAUAUUGGCCAGCUUUUUGGACCCGAAAGCCUACGCGCUGCCUCCUCUAAGGGAUUUCCUUCGCGAAAUCUUAGCCGGUGUUGUCCUCGAAUCCAUCAUCUCGAGUCUAUCACGUCCAGAGUUUAUCAAUGGAUGGAUCAUUCAUCUUCUUAAUGAAGGCGAAUCUGAAAUCAUGAGUGCAAUUGACGCCGGUGUCGAAGGGGCGCGAACUAAUAGUAUAACUACAGCCAAGGGUUCCAAAGAAGUAAAUAUGCCUCUUUCAAUGUCAUUGAAUGAAAGGAAACUGGGUUCAGAGACUGCCCAUAUAGAUAAGGCAACUGAGGAAGCCAUGGCGGAAGCUAAGCGACUAAGUGCCAUGAUCGCAGCACAAGACUUGCAGCAUCAGAAUGCUGAGCAGUUGGUAUACGGUGAUUCUCAAAUCCCAUUUUUUUCAAGCGGAGAGGCUCUCAUUUCACAGUCCAAUCAUGGGAAGGAAAGUGUUGAGUAUGAUACUAGAACGCAACCAGUGUUUGAGAAUGUGAACGCCAAGCGGACUCAGAAGAUGCAGGAGUCUGCAUCUGAAAAUGCAUUCGAACUAAGUCCUGCAAGGCGACCCCCCUCGCUGUCUUCGCUACAUUCCGCAAGUUCCUUGUCAUUGAAUCAAACAUCGGAUAACGACAUACAUACCACCCUGACUCUCCAUCGAGCUUCUAUAACGGUAGAUGAUGGCUUAGAUCCGGGAGAUGAAACAUUGCUGCGAUCAAAACCUAUAUCAAAUUAUUUAGUCCAAAUUGAGCCGGCAUCCGCGUGUUGCACAGGAUGGAUGGUUUUCAGGAACUACACAGACUUCGAGUCACUCCAUGAGACAUUGGAAACGAUUUCAAGAUUGAGUGGAGUUCAGAAGUUUAAAGACGAUCAUCCUAUCCUGCCUGACUGGAAAGGGCAGACAAAACAAGCAUUGGCGAGGAGCUUGGAGCGAUACCUCCAAGAUGCCCUUCAAAACGAAUCUCUAGCAGAGAGUGAAAGAAUGAAGCGGUUCCUUAAGAAGGGUGGAAGUCUUGGCCCUGCAUCUGCGGGCACAUCCCCAAAGGCUGGGUUCUCUUUUCCGAGUCAGGCUUCCCUCGAAAAUGUCGGAAAGGGGGUUCUAGGUGUCUUAGCAAAUGCACCAAAAGGCGUUUCCGACGGCAGCAAGGCCGUUUUCGGUGGCAUGACCGGGGUAUUCGGCGUGAAGUCUAUCAAGAAGACUUCAUCGAAUUUGAUUUCAAAUAGUCAUAAUCAGAAUAUCCAUACCCCCACGCAGCCAAAUGAGCCCCCUCCGCGCAAGUCUGAUGACGCUGGAAAUCUGAGACGACAUUCCCUGGAGCCAUAUACUGGAAUGUACGAUGCUCGGUUAUCCUCCAGGUCUCAGAGGCAUAGUUCGCCACUAUUUGAAACUGCGUCUGGUACCACAGCUGUAAAGGGAGGCAAACCCUGUCAGGACAUACCUCUCGAUAGCCUGGCAGAAAAUGCAGAGGGCUCACUCCAGGCUCUCGCCGCAGAAACAGAGCGAGUUGCUCCUUCCUCUAGCCUGGAUCCCAGACAUCAUGAUUCGCUAAAACUAUCACACUCGUCGGGUAGGCGCAGGGAGGAAGAUACCAGUACCCAAAUUGAGGAGCGGGCGAAUACUGCUGCGCAAAAUAGUUCAGAUGGCCGAGGCAGCCCUAUAACCCAAGAAGAAACCCGGAUAGCUGUGGAACUCCUUUUUGCAGUGAUAAAUGAAUUAUAUACACUGUCAUCUGCCUGGAAUAUACGCCGGACUCUAUUGAAUGCGGCCAAAUCAUACAUAUUACGCCCCGGGAAUCCAAGUUUAGAGACGAUUCGCGGCUUGUUACAAGGAUCAAUAAUUGAGUCCAACACCUCUGAUGAAGCGCUCGGCUUGUAUAUCACCAAACUUCGUGAGAAUGUCUUCCCAACGGAAGCUGAGUUGAAGUCUUGGCCUUCCGCACCUAACGAUGCCGAAAAAGAGCGUCUAAGGGAGACUGCACGAAAAGCUUUCGUGCAGAAAGGGCUGCCACAAGCCUUGACAAGUGUAAUGGGAGCAGCUGCCAGUCGUGAAGCUCUCGAGAAGGUAUUCGAUAGUCUCCAGGUCCCAAUAAUUGCGCGAGGGCUUGUGUUUUCUGUUCUCAUACAGGCAUUGAGGUCCGUAAUUUUUUAA